CAAAGCAAGCAACAACUGGACAUAGCAAAUUUGAGAUGGUCCAUUGGUUUCUCCUCUCUCAUUCAUUCUGUAAGAUUCUCUUGUUAUAUUAGCCAUCCAGUUCCACUCUAUAUAACAAAACAAACACAACACAGAACUAUACAUAUCUUCUGAUCAAUUCUUCUCUGAUCUUUCUUUGGUUCUAUAUCAAUCAUACCAUGACCAAUCUUUAUGCUUCUGCUUCUUCUUCUUCUUCUUCUUCUUUGGACAUCCUGAUCAAAAUCACUUUUCUUUUGAUUCUUCUUUUCCCUGCUAUAGUUUCUAGUGAGUGUACAUGUGAUUUUUUAGAAGAUACACAGGAAGAAAAAGGCCAAGCACUCAAGUAUAAACUUGCUUCGGUAGCUUCAAUUCUUGUUGCUGGUGCUAUUGGUGUUAGCCUUCCAUUGUUGGGAAACAAAAUUCCAGCCUUAAGGCCUGAAAAUGACAUUUUCUUCAUGAUAAAAGCAUUUGCUGCUGGUGUUAUUCUAGCAACUGCCUUCAUUCACAUACUGCCUGAGGCAUUUGAUGCUCUAACAUCUCCUUGCCUCAAGCAAAAUCCAUGGGGGAAUUUUCCCUUAACUGGUUUUGUUGCUAUGGUGUCUGCAAUUGGGACUUUAAUGUUGGAUUCGUUCGCUACAGGGUUUUAUAAGAGGCUUCACUUCAAGAACAAGAAUAAACUGGUAGUAAAUAUGGAUGAAGAGACAGGUGAAGAUGAGCAUUCAGGUCAUGUACAUGUUCAUAUUCAUGCUACUCAUGGUCAUGGUCAUGGUUCUGCUUCCCCAACUCAAGAUUUGGGUUUGCCAGAUCUGCUCAGACGUCGGAUUAUAUCACAAGUAUUGGAGGUAGGGAUUUUGGCUCACUCAGUGUUUAUUGGAAUAUCUCUGGGUGCUUCUGAAAGUGCUGAAAUUAUAAAGCCUCUCUUAGUAGCCUUGUCUUUCCAUCAGUUCUUUGAGGGCAUGGGACUUGGAGGCUGCAUAUCUGAGGCAAAAUUCAAAUCCAAAUCUACAACAAUUAUGGCAACAUUUUUCUCUCUCACAACUCCACUAGGGAUUGCAAUUGGAAUAGCCAUAUCAAGUGUUUACAAGGAGAAUAGUCCCACAGCACUAAUUGUUGAGGGAAUGUUCAACUCAGCCUCUGCUGGGAUUUUGAUCUAUAUGUCACUUGUUGAUCUUCUAGCUGCAGAUUUCAUGAACCCAAGAUUGCAAAGCAAUUUCAGGAUUCAAUUCGGAGCUAAUGUUUGUCUUUUCUUAGGAGCUGGUUGUAUGUGUGUACUGGCCAAAUGGGCUUGAAGAAUUUUAUUUAUUUUCCCAUAAUUACAUUAAUUUCUAGAGAUUGCAUAAACAAGAUAUCUGAGAUUUGUUUUAUUAA